AGUUGGUUGGGACGGAAUGCUCUUACUGACUGAAUGCAAGGCUGGGAAAGAGAAACAAAUAAGAGGGAGGCUGAGGGACAUUAGCAAAAUUAGAGACCAUCCCCCUGGGGAGGAACAUGAAAAGAGAGACGGAAAUCAAUGGUGAAUUGGGGGGAGGGGAAAGAUUGAGAGGCAGCAGCAGCAUCUGAGAUUAUAAUAAAAGGAGCAAGGGCACAAACACACCCAUCCAUUAGGACUCAGCACCUUCUCCCAUCUGGACUUGAAGAAUAGAAAUGACAAGGGAGAAGCUUUAGAGAAGCAAAGAACAGACCGAGAGGCAAUUGGGGAAAUACAGGGCAGGUCUCUCCUUGCCCACUGUCCCCUAUUUCAGGAUGCCUUGCUGCCUUUCCUUCCUGCCUGCCUUCCUGUGGCUUUUCCUUGGAGCUGCGGCCAAUGGCCAGUUAAGUGAUAGCUGGCUGAACAAACCUACCUUCAGGCCUGUUUUUACUCGCCGACCUUUUAUUAUUGCCUGGAAUGCUCCCACACAAGAUUGCCCACCAAGAUUUAAUGUGCAUUUGGACCUAAAACUCUUUGAUCUUAAUGCUUCCCCUAAUGAAGGCUUUGUUGACCAAAAUCUCACAAUCUUCUACAAGGAACGCCUAGGCAUGUACCCGUAUUACGAUGAGCAUUUGGCACCAGUGGCUGGAGGUUUACCCCAGAAUGCUAGUCUACGCGCACACUUAGACAAGCUACCAGAGGGUAUCCAAAAAUAUAUACGUUCUCGGGACAAAGAUGGGCUGGCAGUAAUUGACUGGGAGGAGUGGCGUCCUAUAUGGGUGCGAAACUGGCAAAACAAGGAUGUGUACCGUCAGAAUUCACGCAACUUGGUGAGUUCUCGCCACCCAACUUGGCCACGUGAAAAGGUCGACAAAGAGGCACUUUAUGAGUUUGAGAAUGCUGCUCGUGAGUUCAUGACUGAAACACUGCGUCAUGCAAAGAACUACCGCCCACGUCAACUGUGGGGCUUUUAUCUCUUUCCAGACUGCUAUAACCACGAUUACGUUAAAAACCGUGACAGCUACACGGGGCAAUGCCCAGACGUAGAGAUAUCACGAAAUGAUCAGUUAUCAUGGCUCUGGGAGGAGAGCACAGCACUUUAUCCCUCUAUUUACUUAGACCAGAUACUGGCUUCUUCCGAGAAUGGGCGCAAGUUUGUGCGUUCCCGUGUCCGAGAGGCUAUGAGGAUCUCCUAUAGGCACCACAAAGACUACUCCCUCCCUGUGUUUGUGUAUACAAGGCCAACAUACAUACGCAAGCUUGAUUUCUUGAGCCAGAUGGAUCUAAUUUCCACAAUUGGGGAGAGUGCAGCGCAAGGUGCAGCAGGAGUGAUAUUCUGGGGGGAUGCAGAAUACACAAAGAGUAAGGAAACCUGCCAAAUGAUUAAGAAGUACCUGGAUGAGGAUUUGGGCCACUACAUUGUGAAUGUGACCACUGCGGCAGAGCUUUGCAGUCAGUCCCUCUGUAAUGGAAAUGGCCGCUGCCUACGCCAAGAAAAUAACACUGAUGCCUUCCUUCAUCUUAACCCAGCCAACUUCCAAAUUGUGAGUGCCCCUAAAGAUUCCCAGGGACCUUCUUUGCGCGCGGAAGGGAAGUUAUCUGCAGGGGACAUUGCCACUCUGCGUUCACAGUUCCGCUGUCAGUGUUAUGUGGACUGGUAUGGAGACUCGUGUGGAAUUCAGAGGAGUACGAACGGUGGUGCAGUAGCGACAGGCCCUUGUGGCAUUGUGUUGGUGGUAUCGUUAGUGGCACUCAUCCUCGCACUGCUUUGAAAGCGGCGAACAGCAUUUUUUUUUUAUAUCUGAACAUUUGUAAACACUAAAAGGGACACGGUCAAUUGAGGCCCAUCAUGGGAGAGCCAAGCAGUCUCGGGGAAACAUUGUGGCUGCUGCACAAAGUGGGCCAUAUGACCUCUAUUUAUAAAAUUUCUUACUUUCCAUCUUGUUUGAGAUGGCUUAGAACAUUCCUACCUCUAGGACUUGAUGCUGCACCCAGCAGCAGAGGAAGCAAGGGUAUAAUGGCUGGUGGGUCUAGCAAGCUACAGAAACGGGGUUGAUAACCGGGCCUUCAGCAGCUAGGGUUAUGCAAUAUCCUUUCAUCUUUUAAUUUCUCCCAGAGGUCAGGCAGUGCCAUAAACACCUUGCUGCGAACAUGCAAUUGGUUGUCCAUUUCCUCUUAUGCUAUAGACCACUGAACGACAGGAAGGCAAACAAGGGGUUAAGGUUAGUAACUUAAAGUUCAUCCACUGUCGCUGAACUACAAACAAAGACUUAUGGGUGGUGCUGGGAGUUGUAGUCCAACAGCUGUCGGAGAUGCCUGCAGUAAGGCAAUCAGGGAUCACAAUACCUGCCAAGUACCAAUGUGCCUUCUACAAUCACCCAAUAGCUGCAGUAUUGACUAUAUAGCAUAGUGCCUUGGAAUAGAUUUAUUAUGGCUACUUCCGGUAAAAAACUCACUGCCUCUUCAUUUCAGUGUGAGUUUGGGCUGCAGGGCCAUUUGGUUAAAUCCUGUAUGAAUUAUAUGGGAUUUAUCUGUCCCCCUCCCAACCCCAGUCUGGAGCAAAAGUGGACAUCUUUCUUUCCCAUACACUCACUAACGCCUUUCUCCUCCCCUGGCCCCUCACUGCCAGAUACGGCAGCAGUAACUCAAGAGGACAGGAGAAGGUGUACAAUAAAGUAAUAGAAAGAUUAAA